AUGACUUCCCAAGAAAGAAACAAAGAAGAUAUUGAUAAUACUAAUGAACCAGCCGUGGUACUCUCUAUUUGUUACAGUGGAGGCUUCAUGGGAGCAGCAGUCUAUCAGCAAGAUUGUACUACAAUAAAGAUAUUGAAUGACAUUGCAGAAGAUUUAGACUUUCAUUUGAUUGAUUCUUUAAUCUAUCAAGUGGAGCCUACUAUCAUUUUGCUCAACAAAGAUCAGGAUAUAAUAUAUGUUCGACAUGUUUCUCAGAUCUGUGGCCUACUGGAACCACCUAUCGAAAGCUGUGAAAACGAUCAAAGCGGGAUAUCAUCCAUUUACGACGAUUCCAUUGAUUCCAAAGAAAAAUAUGAGGAGAGUGUUUUGGCCAGCAAACGGGAGGCUGCUGAAGCCGAAGAGAAUGAGGAGGAGGAACCGAAUAUCAAAGUUCAUCUACUAUCUAACGCUACCUACAGCUUGGAAGGAGCUAAGAAGAGAAUUUCAAUGAUGUUUGCCUCUGAGUGCUACAGUGCAGAUGAGUCUUCCCUCGUAGUAAACUUCCGUCUGGAUACUACAAAUGUUAACAUGAUUAGAGCGCUUGGAGCUUUGUUGAUUUAUAUGGAUAGUGCUAGAACAGGGGUGGAAUAUGAGGCUCUCAACAAAGUCACUCCAAUAACAGCCAUAAAGUCAUUUGUUAUCGAUCAGAUGAUGGAAGUCGAUUCCAUGACUUACAGGGCUCUUGAAAUUUUCGGGGAGAAUAGAAAGAAAGAAGUGAGCUGGAAGAAAGUGGUCUCUUCAGACGGUCGGAAAGCCAGUGUGUUUAGUCUCUGUAAUAGAUCACGAUCAGCAUUAGGCAGAUAUAUGCUGAGAAAAUGGUUUGAGCACCCGACUCUGAACAUGAAUGUGCUCAGCGACAGACAAGAGGCCAUUUCCUAUUUCAUUCAAGAUUCCAACUCGGACAUUGUGAACAACCUUAUUCAGUCUCUUGGUCAAGUCAGAAGUCUACGGUUAGUUUUGAGAAAGAUGAAGUCUUCCAGCUGCUCCGUUCUUCACUGGGAGAAUCUUUUUAAGACUUUACUUGCCCUAGUUGACAUAGGUAGAUGCAUUGCUGAAAAUAGGAUACAGCUAGACUUGAUGAAUGAUCACAUGAAGUAUUUCGGUGAUGCUUUGACCGAAAUAACAACAGUUCUUGCCACUUUGUGCGAUUUUGAUGAAUCGAGACUUGAGAACAGGAUUGUCAUUAAAAGUGGCAUGGAUAAAACCUUAGAUGAAGUAAAACACCUCUAUCGAUCUCUUCCUUCUUUUUUAACUCAAGUAGCGAAAGAAGAAGCUGAUCGUCUUCGAGCUGACAGAUGUUCUGUGGGAUACAUUCCGAUGGUAGGAUAUGUAUUGCAAUUGCCGAAGAAGUUCCCGGUGGGAGACUAUCCUGAUCUUCAGCUAUUGUUCUGUAAUGAAGCUGAUGUGAACGUGAAGAGUAGUAAAAUGGAAACCUUAGAUCAAGAUUUGGGUGAUUUGAAAAUGCAAAUCAUUGACAAAGAAACAACAAUCAUGCUCAGGCUACAAAAUCUAAUUCUCCGAAAUACAACUCUUAUUUUGGGGGCUUGUCGAGGAGCUGCGGUGCUGGAUGCUAUCAUAGCUCUUGCAUUAACGGCCAAGUUUUACGGGUGGAGUCGUCCAGCUUUGGUUGAUUAUUCUGUGAUAGACGCCGUAGAUGUAAAUCAUCCUCUAGCAUUGAUCGUCUCCAGAUUUAAUAGCUUUGUUUCAAAUCCUGUCAAUAGUGGGAAUGAGUUCAGUAAAGUUAAAAUUUUCACUGGCCCAAAUGCAUGUGGUAAAAGUGUUUAUCUGAAACAAGUUGGCGUUCUCGCUUUUCUUGCACACGUGGGAAGUUUUGUACCGGCCAAAAAAGCCAUUAUUGGUCCUAUCAACAAAAUAAUGACCAGAAUGUAUACUGUUGAUGGUGUUUUGGAUGGGAUGUCAACUUUUGCUAAAGAUUUGACACAGGUAGCAACUGCUCUUCGAAGAGGAAAUGGAAACUCUCUCGUAAUCAUGGAUGAGUUUGGAAAGGGAACUAUGACGGAAGUAGGCUUGUCUUUACUUGUGAGUUCCUUGAACCAUUGGAUUCGAAAGGGAGCAGAAUCAUGUCCUCAUCUGUUUGUUUCUUCUCAUUUUCAUGCAUUACCAGAACUCCUAGCAGUAUCCAGGAGUCUCGUCUCAUUUCAUACUCUAGAAGUAAUAAAACGAGGAGCUCAGUUGGUAUUUAAGUAUCGUUUGGUAAAUGGAGUUGUCUCUAAAUCGUUCGCAUCUUAUACGGCAAGACAAAUGGGAAUUCCCAAACCUAUCGUUGAAAGAGCUGAUGAGAUUUAUGAGCUUUUACGACGUGGAGGAUCAUUAGCAGAAGUAAAAGCUAUACAAGAAGAAGAAAUCAAGUGUGAUUGGCUUGCCCAGAGAGUGGACAGUUUUAUGUAUGAGUUCGAAACUUGGGAUAUUGAUCAAGAUGUAGGGAAUCUAAUAAAAAGAAUAGAAGAGAUAUUCUUACUCGAGGAUGAAGUUUUGGCAUCCGUUGAAUAUAACAAAUUCUCCAAAACCGCUGACACUGUUGAUGCGGAUAUUUCUAACCAAACGUCUGUAGUAGUAGAUUCACAAAAUUAUGAACAGCAAAGUACUGGAGAUGAUACUUCUACAAAAGCUGCUAUAAGCAAAGAAGAUAUACAAAUACAAGAAGACCUUGAUACAGAAAGCACUGAAAGAAGUAGGGCUGUGGAUGAGAUAUUGAAACGAAUUCUCAAAUCUUCUAAGAAGACACAGGAAUUAACUCCUUCAGGCCGUUCAGAAAGAUUUGAUCAUUUUUCUUUCAAAGGGAAAAGUGUUCACAAACCUUUUUGUCAAAAGCCGGACUUACCUUCGUUAGAUACCCCAAAAACAUAUGAAUUGUGCACUCCUAGAGAGAGAAGCAUUCUCAAAACUCCGAGUUCUCGUAGUAGGGGGAAUUUAUCUGUUUCAUUUCUCCUUGAUGACAAAAAGGACCACAACGACUGCACAAGUUCAUCACUGCAUAAACCGAAGAAAAUCGAAAUGUUGGGAAGAGUUGAUGAGGAUUUGAGUUUUGUUAUACCGCUUGUUGAAUCCUCUCCGGAACCUGAAACGAGUGAAGAUGUACUGCCAAUGGACACCCAGGAAGAGAUUCGGUCCUCUUUCAUCAAGAGCAAAUUUGGAAAUACUCCUUUGCAAACUCCAAUCAUGAACCAGAUGGUUUUGAAGACUCCAAUAAUGAACCGGACGGUUGUUAAAACUCCUACCAGGAAUCAGAGUGCUUUCAAGACUCCUAUCAUGAAUCAGAGUGCUUUCAAGACUCCUAUCAUGAAUCAGAGUGCUUUCAAGACUCCUAUAAUGAAUCAGAGUGCUUUCAAAACUCCUAUCAUGAAACAGAGUGCUUUCAAAACUCAAAUCAUGAAUCAGAGUGCCUUCCAAACUCCAAUCAUGAAAAAUCAGGUUUCCAAAACUCCUACCAUGAACGAGAGGGUUCUUGGUAUUUCGAUCAUGAACCAGCAGGAUUUCAAAACUCCUACCACGCGCCAAAGGCUUUUUGAAACUCCAACCAUGAACCAUCAGGUUUCCAAAACUCCUACCAUGAACGAGAGGGUUCUUGGAACUCCGAUCAUGAACCAGCAGGAUUCGAAAACUCCUACCACGCGCCAGAGCCUUUUUGAAACUCCAAUCAUGAAACAACAGGAUUCCAAAACUCCUACCACGUGCCAAAGGCUCUUCGAAACUCCAACCAUGAACCAUCAGGUUUCUAAAACUCCAACCAUGAACGAGAAAGUUGUUAGAACUCCGAUGAUGAACCAAAGAGUUUUUCAAACUCCAAUCAUAAACCAAUCGUUUUUCAAGAAUCCUGUGAUGAACCAAAGCGUUUUCAAAACCCCCAAGGCGAACCCGGUUGCUCCAAUUUAUGGUAUUAAGAGAAACAUGGAUAUCUCUAUACUUUCAUGCUUAUCGGAAGAAAAAUCUGUACCAUUAAAAAGAUUACGUUCUUGUUGA